AUGGAAGUCAUCUUUCAGGUUGUAGCUAAACGUUUUUUUCCGGCCAGAGGUACCAAACCUCUUCCUCGAUACUUAUGGGAUAUGGAUGAUUUACAAAAGAAAUCUGGGGGACACUACACACAUGAGCCUCUCAGAAUCAAUCGCCUUGGUGGACGUGAUCCCGAUACAGGGCGUAAAGUGAAUCAACACAUUGGAGGUGGUGUCAAAUUUGACUAUUUUAUGAUUGACUUCCAUAGAAGAGGACCAACAGAGCCUGGCAAAACAUAUGACGAGAGAGUACUAGAAGUUCGCCGUGAUCCCAACAGAAGUUCCCACAUAGCUCUCGUCGCUGGUGAACACGGAAAACGUUGGAUUCUCGCUACCGAAAAUAUGAAGGCCGGUGACGUCAUCGCAACUAGCUGCCACAUUCCAGAAAAUCCGUUGAUUGGAGUUGAGGGGAAUGCGUAUCCUAUCGGUGCGCUAGUUUCUGGAACAUUGAUUAAUAGUGUUGAGCGGUACCCGACACCUCAAUCCUAUUUGGAUAGUGACGUAUUCGCCGUGAAAGCCGGCACGGCAGCCACGCUGCCACACAAACAUGAAUUCUCAUUGCACCGUACGUGCAUGGCAACGGUUGGUCGGCUAUCUCAUGCUGAUUUCGACAAGAAAAUCUAUGGUUCUGCUCAAAUGCAUCGACGAUUCGGUUACAAAAUGGCUAGUGGAUUAUUUCACAAAAAGGAUGGAUACUUUGGACGCAAAAUUCGUCCAUUACCACCAGUUCGCGUCCUAAUUACUCCUCAAGAGCAUCCUCCGAAUUGUAAAUUCUCGUUAACAAAGGACCAACUUAGUGGAUUAUUCGGCCACGCCAAAGUUCAUAACCUAUUGCCAUGUGGAUAUUCAACGCGAGAUUAUGACUACUACAAACCUUGA